AUGGCUGCUGCAGCUGCUUCUACCUUUUUAUAUUUCCCUUUGCCCCUUCCCCCAGCCUGGUCCGAGUCUCUGUACUGCCUGAGCCCGGAGCACGUGCAAGAGCAGUUGCAAGACGACGCGGUAGAGACGGUCACCUCCGUGGAACAGGCAAAAGUAGAAGAUAAGAUACAAGAGGUCUUCAAUACUUAUAAGAUCAACCAUCAUGUGCCAAGACUUAUUCUGCAUCGAGAGAAGCACUUCCAUUAUCUGAAAAGAGGUCUUCGACAGCUGACAGAUGCCUAUGAGUGUCUGGAUGCUAGCCGCCCCUGGCUCUGCUAUUGGAUCCUGCACAGCCUAGAACUGCUUGAUGAACCCAUUCCUGAGUCGGUGGCUUCAGAUGUAUGUCCGUUUCUGGAGAGAUGUCAAAGCCCAACAGGUGGCUUUGAAGGGGGACCUGGUCAGCACCCACACCUUGCACCUACAUAUGCAGCAGUCAAUAUCAUUGGCACUGAAGAGGCCUUUGAUGUAAUCAACAGAGAGAAACUCCUAGAAUACCUCUACUCCUUGAAGCAACCUGAUGGUUCUUUUAUCAUGCACAUUGGAGGUGAGGUGGAUGUCAGAAGUGCUUACUGUGCUGCUGCAGUUGCAUCCCUAACUAAUAUCAUCACACCUAAACUUUUUGAAGGGACUGCUGAAUGGAUAGCAAGGUGUCAGAACUGGGAAGGUGGAAUUGGUGGUGUGCCAGGCAUGGAGGCCCAUGGUGGCUAUACUUUUUGUGGACUGGCAGCACUAGUCAUCCUCAAGAAGGAGAAAUCUUUUAACCUGAAGUGUUUGUUACAAUGGGUGACAAGCCGGCAGAUGAGGUUUGAAGGUGGAUUUCAGGGCCGAUGCAACAAGUUAGUGGAUGGCUGUUAUUCUUUCUGGCAAGCAGGGUUACUGCCACUGCUCCAUCGAGCACUGCAUGCUCAAGGUGAUCCUGCCCUUAGUAUGAGUCGCUGGAUGUUUCAUCUGCAGGCCUUGCAGAAAUAUAUUCUUCUCUGCUGUCAGUGCCCUGCAGGGGGGCUUCUGGAUAAACCUGGAAAGUCAAGGGACUUCUACCACACCUGUUAUUGCCUCAGUGGAUUAUCCAUUGCACAGCACUUUGGCAGUGGAGAGAUCCUGUGUGAUGUGGUCUUGGGAGUGCCAGAAAAUCGCUUGCAACCUACUCACCCUGUGUACAACAUUGCACCAGAUAAGGUGGUCCAGGCCGUCAUGUAUUUCCUGCAGAAGCCCAUUCCAUGUGUGGAAGAGGAGGUAGCAGCAAGUUCUGCUGCCACUGACUAA